GAGCAAAGAGCCAGAGGAGCCAGGCUAAAGAGCUGAACGAAGAGCCAGAGGAGCCACGUUCAGGAGCCAGAGGAGCCAAGCUCAAGAGCCAGAGGAGCCAGGCUAAAGAGCCCAAAGAGCUGAACGAAGAGCCAGAGGAGCCACGUUCAGGAGGCAGAGGAGCCAAGCUCAAGAGCCAGAGGAGCCAUGCUAAAGAGCCCAAAGAGCUGAACGAGGAGCCAGAGGAGCCAAGCUCAAGAGCCAGAGGAGCCAGGCUAAGGAGCCAAAGAGCUGGACGAGGAGCCAGAGGAGCCAAGUCCAGGAGCUAAAGAGCCAAGCUUAAGGGCUAGAAGAGCCAGGCUUAAGAGUCAAAGAGCUGAACGAGGAGCCAAGUUCAGGAGCCAGAGGAGCCAAGCUCAAGAGCCAGAGGAGCCAGGCUAAGGAGCUAGAGGAGCCAGGCUAAAGAGCCAAAGAGCUGGACGAGGAGCCAGAGGAGCCAAGCUCAAGAGCCAGAGGAGCCAGGCUAAAGAGCCAAAGAGCUGGACGAGGAGCCAGAGGAGCCAAGUUCAAGAGCAAUAGGAGCUGAUCAAAGAGCCAGAGGAGCCAAGCUUAAGAGCCAGAGGAGCCAAGGUAAAGAGCCAAAGAGCUAAACAAAGAGCAAGAGGAACCAAGUUCAAGAGCCAGAGGAGCCAGGCUACAGAGCCCAGGGAGCCAAGCAAAGAGCUAACAACGCAGCAGCGGCCAAUAUCAAUCCUACAAAGAGAAUUAUAGUGACAUUUUAGUUUAUGAACAUUAAAGUGUGUUAUUUUCCUGUAUUAAUAGUUGUGUAGAAAUAUAUGUAUUAAAUUUGAAGCCAUUUGUGACUGUCGUUUUAUCCAGUCCACCAAACCAGGACUGGGCCCACAAAGAAGUGUAACGUAGAAAAGUUACUCAUCGCUUCCAGACUAUCAGCAAAAGUCUGGAACGCGACAAUAU